CGGGGUGACGAGGGAGACGGGGUGACGGGGGAGAGAGGGAGGGUGUUUUGGUGCCUGUCGCUCGCCGUCCUUUUUCCUUCUCUGGUCGCUUUCGCCGCUCAGUCCUUUCCUCUCCCCCCCCCCGUCCUCCCUCCAGCCCCAGGCCUCUGUCCUCCCGCCCUCGCCGCUUCUCCUGCGUCUCCCCCCCCACCUCACCCUCCCCAGUUCCCCGUCCCCUCCCCCAGUAUAUGCCCCGCAGCGCGGCCGCCCCCCGCUCCCCCCGGUCCUGCCGCCCCAUGUGGCUGCGGGGCCGCCGCGGCGUUUCCCACUAUGGCCCGGAAAACAGUUAGCAGGAAGCGGAAAGCGCCCGCAGCGCCGGGGACCGGGAGCGGGACCCAGGGCCAUCAGUUUGGCUGGGAUCAUUCACUAAACAAAAGGAAAAGGCUCCCUCCAGUGAAGAGGUCCUUGGUCUGCUACCUGAAAGGCAGAGAAGUCAGGUUGCAGAAUGAGUCCAGUUACUACCGAGUGUUGCAUGGUUAUGCAGCACAGCACCUUCCCAGUCUCCUGAAGGAGAGAGAGUUUCACCUUGGGACCCUUAACAAAGUGUUUGCUUCUCAGUGGCUGAAUCACCGGCAAGUGGUGUGUGGCACAAAAUGCAACACGUUGUUUGUGGUCGAUGUCCAGACAGGCCAGAUCACCAAGAUUCCCAUUUUGAAAGAUCGAGAACCUGGAGUGGUGACCCAGCAGGGCUGUGGUAUCCAUGCCAUCGAGCUGAACCCCUCAAGAACUCUACUGGCCACGGGAGGAGACAAUCCCAACAGCCUUGCGAUCUAUCGGCUGCCUACGUUAGAUCCUGUGUGUGUGGGAGAUGAUGGACACAAGGACUGGAUAUUCUCUAUUGCAUGGAUCAGUGAUACCAUGGCAGUUUCUGGCUCACGGGAUGGUUCCAUGGGGCUUUGGGAGGUGACAGAAGAUGUGUUGACCAAAAGUGAUGCCAGGCACAACGUAUCCCGAGUCCCUGUGUAUGCUCACAUCACACACAGGGCCCUAAAAGACAUCCCUAAGGAGAAUACUAAUCCUGACAACUGCAAGGUCCGGGCUCUGGCCUUCAACAAUAAAAACAAAGAGCUUGGAGCAGUGUCCCUCGAUGGCUACUUUCAUCUCUGGAAAGCAGAACACACACUGUCCAAGCUCCUGUCCAUCAAGCUGCCAUACUGUCGUGAGAAUGUGUGUCUGGCCUAUGGCCAUGAGUGGUCUGUGUAUGCAGUGGGCUCCCAAGCUCAUGUUUCCUUCUUGGACCCACGACAACCGUCACACAAUGUCAAAUCAGUCUGCUCCAGAGAACGAGGCAGUGGCAUCCGUUCGGUGAGCUUCUACGAGCACAUCAUCACUGUGGGCACAGGGCAGGGCUCCCUGUUGUUUUAUGACAUCCGCACCCAGAGGUUUCUGGAAGAGAAGCACUUAUCCUGCUUUGGGUCCAAGCCCAAGCUCGCGGGGGAAAAUCUGAAGCUGACCACUGGCAAAGGCUGGCUGAAUCAUGAUGAAACUUGGAGGAAUUAUUUUUCAGACAUUGAUUUCUUCCCCAAUGCUGUUUACACCCACUGCUACGACUCGUCUGGAACGAAACUCUUUGUGGCAGGAGGUCCCCUCCCUUCAGGGCUCCAUGGGAACUAUGCCGGGCUCUGGAGCUAAUGAAUAACUCUUCUGAAAUGCAGAGAUUUACACUAACUUCCAUCUUCAGUUUCCUUGUUUCUUCUUUUCAUUUUUCAAUUGUGUGAUGCCCUUGUCUUAUCAGAACACCAGAAUUUGCUUUUGACUUGGGCAUUUGACACAGGCUCCGUACGUUGGUCUAAAGUGGCUUUUUCUUUUUUCCCCCCUUUGGCAAUCAGAAUUUUGCUUUAAUAUUUUUUUUGGCUUUUCAUUUGCUUCUUAUCCAAAGGAUUUUUUGUUAAUCCCAUAUUGUAUUUCCUUUUUAAGUGACACACUUUCCCCUAUUUGGCUUCUGCUUUAGGCUGACACAGUCAUACUCAUCCCUACUUUGCUGUUGUGAGGUAGGAUUCCUUUAUACUUAUGUGGUUGCUGUCAGACUUUCUGUGAAAGUUUGGGGGCUGUAUGUGUGUGGGUGUGUGUGUGGAUGUGUGUGUGCGCACAGGUACUAUGUGUGUCAUUGAAAUUACAUGGAGUGAGGAUUACUUGUAAUUAAAAUAUUUA